AUCGAUCUGUCGGUUCUCGUCCAAAAGCCUCACGUUGUUACAAGGUGAAGGACAUUGUCAGGCGCCCUUUGGAACCCCUCGGACAAAAAUAGCGACCAUGGAUGUGCUUUCGCUUUCGCUUGGUUCCACUGGUCUUUUAACUGCAGUUUUUGUCUUCCUUUCGGUCAUUUACUACAUUUUCUCAAAGAAAACACAAGAAAAUAAUGCUCCACCAUCUUGUAAAGGUUGGAUUCCGUGGCUUGGAUGCGCGUUUGAUUUCGGAGUUGCUCCUCUCGGUUUCAUUGAUAAAAAGAGGAGGGAGCUAGGCCCUGUAUUCACUCUGCAUGUUGCCGGAGAGAGACUGACUUUUCUGACGGAGGCUGAAGAUUUCCACCAUUUCUUUCAGUCCUCCAAUGUAGAUUUCCAGAGAGCUGUGCAAGAUCCGGUGCAAAAUAUUGCUUCUGUAAGUGAGGAGUCAUUCAUGCAGUACCACACCAAGAUCCAUGACAUGAUGAAAGGGAGGCUAGCCUCGUCACGCCUGAGUGAUGUCACACCUCAUCUCAUUCAGCAGUUCAAGGGAAAGAUACAGUCGAUAUUUGGAGAUGAAGGGGAAGGAGAUUUACAUGAUUUGGUUAGAAAAACAAUGUAUGCUGGUGUCAUUAACAACUUGUUUGGUGACAACACACUCCCAGUGGAUGACCCAAAGGAAUUUGAGAAAAUCUGUCAGCACUUUAUCGUAUUUGAUGAACAGUUUGAGUAUGGAGCGAGACUCCCACCCAUGUUUAUCAGAGAUUGGUCAACAGCAAAACAGUAUCUGUUGUCAAAGUUCAGAGGAGUAGUCCCAAAGCUACAGAAUGAGAAAACACAAGGAAAUCAGACAGUUUUGCAAUCUCUGGUCAGCAUAACAGACAAACCUCAUGCUCCAAACUAUGCUUUAAUGCUGUUGUGGGCUGCUUUGGCCAAUGCUGUUCCUAUAACAUUUUGGGCACUAUCCAUGAUUUUGAGCAACAAGAGAGUUCUCGAAAAACUUCAGAAGCAAGUUGAUGACACAUUGGGAAACACUCCAGAGGAGAAAUGGGAAUUCAACGAAGAGUUCUUCAAGAAAAUGCCGUACCUUAAGAGUUGUGUGAUGGAAGCGAUUCGUUUACAUUCCGUGGGAGUCAUUACACGGAGAGUGAUGACAUCAUUUACGGUCAGAGAGUAUGUGAUACCAAAAGGUGAUAUGCUGAUGGUGUCUCCAUUUUGGAGUCAUAGAAAUCCAAAGUAUUUCCCAGAGCCUGACACUUUUAAUCCGGAUCGGUGGAAUACUUCAGACCUUGAGAAAAACUUGUACUUGGAGGGCUUCAUCGCAUUUGGAGGCGGACGUUACCAAUGUCCGGGAAGGUGGUAUGCCCUAAUGGAGCUCCAGAUGUUCAUCGCCCUGCUCCUCUUCAAGUACAAAGUCAAUGCCUUGUCCGACCAUGUGCCUUCACCGAGUUUAAAACAUGUAGUUGGGACACAACAACCUUCAAAGCCAUUCCUAAUCUCUUACAAAACAAAGGCUAGCUAAUUCAGUAAAUAAUAUCGUAAAUCUAUUUCUGAACAAUAAUCAAUGCAUAUACUGUAGAUUCCUUAUUAUACGGAGUACUUAAUUCCGUGAUUCAACGAUUUUCCAUCAAAUCAAGAGAACAUUAAAUCACGAAAACCGAAAUUUUAUCAUAUUUCAUGUAGUUUACAUGUGUCCGAAAAAUUAAAAGCAAGAUUUUAGAGUUUGCGAGACGGGCUUCUCGCGAUUUUACGCGGAUAUUAAUUCCUUGCAUUUAAUUAGGAAUUUACAGUAAUGUUUUAGUAAUACCUUUUUCAUAUUAUUUAAUUGUCUCAUAAUUUUGUAGAUUUUUACAAAUUUCAUAUAACACAAUCAUGAUUCAGUAUAAUAAAUGUUCAUGCAAACAGACAGACGAUUAUUACAGUGUAUAUAUAAUCUCAGGGAUUCCAUAUUGAUCAAUCGCUGCUUAAUUUUUGUUUUCAUAUAUAAUAAUAAUAAUAAAAACAUCUAUUGCCAAGUUUGUUAAGUACAUUUGAUACUCAAUAAAUAUAAUCAGAGAUUUUUUUUGAAGAGCAUCAUAUUGCUCAGCAGCCGAAUUCUCUUAGAUAAUCAAAACUAUAGCCAUCAAAUCUCUUAUAUGUUUUUUUUCUGUAUGUUGAUUUGUGACCAAGCUUUGAAGCUUGAACAGGUGGUGUUUGAAAAAUACAUAUCUGUUAGAAGCCCACAAAGGGAAUUCAAAUCAUUGACCUAUUUAUUUUGUGUGAACUGAUUGGAAAGUUGAAGCAAUUGAUUCUUUGAUGUGUGUAUUAAAAUAUAAUGAUAUAUAAAAGGGUAUAUGAUUUACAGGCAGUAUUAGUAAUACAGGGAGACCUGCUUGAACUUACACCUGUGUUACCUGUAUUACUGUCCAUUCCGACGGAUUUCUGGUUUAAACUGGUUUCACUGUUGUUCUCAUAUCUGUUGUUAUAAGACACAUGUAGAAGAUUAAUGUGUGUUAUAUUGAUCAAAGCCCCUAAUAAUGACAUUGAUCUUUUUUUUUUUUGAUGGUUGUAGAUGUUGUAUUUUAGGGAAAAAAGUUGUCAUUGCAAGUAUGUGACAUGCGCAUCACCAAAAAGAGGUGUAUUAUAGAGCAUUAGAUAUUACGUACAAUAAUUAUUACUAAUAUAACUAAAAUUGACAUGCAAGACUGUGAUAUGAACAAAAAACUGUAUUGUUGUAUUUUUCAAUGAAAAUUAGAUUGUGA